AGUAACACACAACCAAGUUGCCAAACCCCCCGCGUACCUUUCCCUGAGAAGGAAAAGGUUCAGAGCCGGUCUGCCGCAUGGCCUUGCCAAUUCCACGCAGCAGUCGUCGAACGACGUCACUCCAAGACACCUCCGAGUCCGAGAAGUUGGAGGCCGCCUCUAGCUGGGACGCCCUCGAAUGGACCAAAAUCGAGCCCGUUUCGCGGUCCGUUUUGCAUGUGAAUUUGGACUUCCUUCUUGAAACUGAAGAAGUCGUCGUCGAGGGAUACGGCGUCGUUCUUGUUAAUACUGAUGAGGCGGGUACCUUGAUAGUAACCAAUUUUCGUCUUAUUUUUCUUGGUGAAGGAACAAGGAAUAUCAUUGGACUUGGCACAAUACCACUGGCCACUAUAGAGAAGUUCAGCAAGAUGUGCGUGCAGGCUGCGAGGGUUCAAUCAGCCCCUCGUCAAUAUGACAAGACACCAUCACAACGACUUCUUCAGGUCAUAGGGAAAGAUAUGAGAAUUAUUGUCUUUGGUUUCCGCCCUAGAACGAAGCAGAGACGUGCAGUAUUUGAUGCAUUACUGAGGUGUACUAAGCCUGCAAGCCUAUGGGAUCUUUAUGCUUUUACUUCUGGACCUUCCAAAUUCAACAAUACUAACCCAAGGGUGCGGUUACUAAAUGAGUAUUUCCGGCUUCUUGGAAAAGGUUCCUAUUUUGCAUCGAUGAGUAUGAUUGAGAAUGGGUCAUUCACAUUAUACAAUGAUAUGUGGAGAAUAAGUAGCAUAAAUUCCAACUAUACAAUGUGCCAAAGUUAUCCAUUUGCCUUGAUUGUGCCAAAGUGCAUUAGUGAUGAAGAAGUGAUUCAGGCUUCAACAUUCCGUGCAAGAUGCCGAUUGCCUGUAGUUUCAUGGUGUCAUCCUGGAACUGGAGCUGUCCUUGCACGUUCAUCCCAACCAUUAGUCGGCCUUAUGAUGAAUAUGAGGAGCAACACUGAUGAAAAGCUUGUUGCUGCACUUUGCACUCAACUUUCUGGCAUGAGUGGGGUACGAAGGAAGCUAUAUAUUGCCGAUGCAAGACCCAGGAAAAAUGCUUUGGCAAAUGGUGCAAUGGGAGGUGGCUCAGAGUCAUCUUCAAAUUAUUUUCAAUCUGAGAUAGUGUUCUUUGGGAUAGAUAACAUACAUGCGAUGAGGGAUAGUCUUUCUCGACUUAGAGACUACUUGGACACUUAUGGCGCUACUUCAUCAGAUGGAAUUUCAUCAUUCCUGAGGCAUGGUGGAUGGAGUUGGGGUGGAGGCAAUCUCAGCAGCAUGUCUGCUUCAGUGUCAACCCUUGGUGACAGUGGUUGGUUAAUACAUGUUCAGAAUGUCUUGGCUGGUUCAGCUUGGAUUGCUGCACGUGUUGCUUUGGAAUCGGCAUCAGUUCUUAUACAUUGCAGUGAUGGGUGGGAUAGAACAACUCAGUUGGUUUCACUUGCUAGUCUGCUGCUUGAUCCAUACUAUCGGACAUUCUCAGGGUUUCAGGCGCUUGUUGAGAAAGACUGGCUAGCAUUUGGUCAUCCAUUUUCAGAUAGAAUAGGAAUUCAAACAGUAACUUGUAGCAGCAGCAGCUCUCCCUUUGAGUUAUCAAGGCAGUCUUCUGCAGGGAGUUUCACAUCAUCACCUAUACGCCAGUCAUCAGGAUCUUUUACGUCUCAAGCUCCAAAUUCAUCUCAUGUGCAGAAUUCAAACAACUAUUCUCCCAUAUUUUUGCAGUGGGUUGAUUGCAUUUCACAAUUGUUGCGGAUGUAUCCUUUUGCUUUUGAGUUUUCCCCGGCUUUCCUGGUGGAUUUCUUGGACUGUGUGCUUUCCUGUCGUUUUGGAAAUUUCUUCUGUAAUAGCGAAAAGGAGAGACAGCAAUGUGGUGUUUCUGAAGCUUGUGGAUGUUUGUGGGCAUAUUUGAGUGAUUUGCGUGCUUCGGAGGGAAGCUCUCAUGUGCAUUACAACAUCUUUUAUGAUCCAUUGAAACAUGAUGGUCCACUAUUACCUCCUGCAGCAGCCUUAGCCCCAACACUCUGGCCUGAAUUUCAUCUUCGUUGGGCUUGUCCUUUAGAAGCCCAAGCUGGGGAGCUUGAAGCUCAUUGUCGAAAGAUGGCUAUAAAGUUUUCUGAGCUGCAGAAGGCGAAAGAUGUUGCAGAAAGGAAAUAUAAAGAAAUUACAACUGCCAUGGAAUCAUUGAGUGCCGAGUUACAAAAUGAGAAGCAGCUCAACAGCUCGGCUAUGAACUUGGCAAAGAGGGCCAGUAAGGAAGGUGAAGUGAUAAAGCGAGCAGUACAGUCUCUGGGGUGCAAGGUUCACUUCUCAAGCAGUGGUGAUUGUACUGUUGGAUAUGAGAGCAACCCGGCAGAAACACCACAGAAAUUCAUCAAUUCCACUUCAAAAAGAAAAUCAGAUGGUACUGUGCAGCAUGAUGAGAAAUCAGAUCUCUCUGUAUCUAUUACGGUAAUGGCCGAGGAUGUUAUUCCUAACAAUCCAAUUGGUCGAGUUUGUGAAACUUUAUGUCCGUUACGCACCCAAGAUGGGGUCUGCAGGUGGCCAGAUGCUGGUUGUGCUCAGUUGAGUAGCCAAUUUGUUGGGCUAAAGGCAAAUUUUGAUGCAUUUGAUAAGCUUUCUAUUUAUGAUAGUUAUUUUUAAUCCGAGUAAAAACUGUAGAUUUGGAGCCAAGCGUGAGCUUCCAGCACCAAUUCUGUCGCAGUACUUGGUUGAGCUUCACUGUUCGGGCAAGGAUUUAAGUAGAUUUAGACUUAGAGGUUGCUCAGAAGAGAUUCGUGUUUCUUUUUUUACCUCACCUGAAAUAAAAUGGACUUAAGAUGGACCCCAGGCAUUUGGGGACUGUUGGUACAGAGUUUAACUGAGAGAACCAUCUUGGUAUAACGAGGGAGGAACACAAUAAGAAAGCUUGAAGAAAGUGUAGAUGCAAGAGCUAAGGUAUAUUGUGGAGGCUAAAGUUUACGUAGGUUUUGUCAGGAUGUUGACCCAGCCCAGGUAAAUUAAUUACAGUUCCAUUAAUUUCCUGAAUAAGAUUAGCUUUUGUAGAGGCUGCUGGACUAGACAUUACUUCAUCUCUUUUAUGUCAAUGCCGUGAAUGUAAAUGAAUAAAAUUUUGUAACUUGCGGAGCUUUGUGUUGUGUUGUAAGCUGUCCGUGUGUGUACGUACUUUGCUUCUCCAGAUAAAUUAGGAACUGACGCAUGCCAUUA